GUCUCCAAUAAGAGGAUGAUGAAGAAGGUCGCUCUGGGGAGGAAGGCCAGAGGGAAGAGAACGACGCCAGGAGGAGGAGGAGGAGGAGGAGGGAAGACCGCAGAGUUGCAGCUCUCCAAGAUGGACAUGCUUCACCUGCUGGGCAUCAUGGAGGGGGAGGUACAGGCCAGAGAGGACUACAUCUCGCUGCUGGAGUCGGACCGCGGCCAGCAGCCGGCGAUGCUGGAGGCCCAGUACGGGGCCCCGGGCCCCGUCGCGGCCCUGCAGGCCCUGCAGCGGGACCGCCUGCUGGCCCACGCCCCCGCCCCCGAGGAGGACGUCUACCAGCGGCCCAUGGAAGAGCUGGACCGUCUGGAGCAGCGCCAGCGGGACUCGUACCGCCGCAUGCUGGAGCAGCUGCUGCUGGCGGAGAAGUUCCACCGCCGCACCGUGGGCGACCUGGACCGCGAGAAACAGAAGCACAGCGAGUUCAUGACCAAGAGCGACGACUUCACCAACCUGCUGGAGCAGGAGAGGGAGAGGCUGAAGCGGCUCCUGGAGCAGGAGAAGGCCUACCAGGCCCGGAAGGAGCAGGACCACGCCCAGCGGCUGGAGAAGCUGCGGGCGGAGCUGGUCCGGCUCAAGUCCUUCGCCCUGAUGCUGGUGGACGAGCGGCAGCUGCACAUGGAGCAGAUGGACCAGCGGGGCCAGAAGGUCCGGGACCUGGCCCAGAGGCUGCAGGAGACGGAGCGGCGGCUGGCCUCCGCCGACGCCGCCGCCCUGGAGGACGGCGAGAAGGUGCUGAGGCUGGAGGCGGAGCUGGAGGUCCGAUCCGCCCGGUCCUUCGAGGAGCAGGAGGAGCUGACCGUCAAGCUGGCCGACCAGGAGGCCCAGGAACGCCAGCUGAGGCUCAGGAUGGCGGGGCUGACGCACAAGACGGAGGAGCUGGAGGAGAGCAACGCGGCGCUGAGGAGGUCGGACGAGGACCUGCGGGAGCUGAGGGAGAAGAUCAGCAGAGGGGAGUGCGGGAACGCCUCGCUCCUGGCCGAGCUGGAGACCCUGAGGAAGAGGGUGCUGGAGAUGGAGGGCAAGGACGAGGAGAUCACCAAGACGGAGAGCCAGUGCCGGGAGCUGAGGAAGAGGCUCCAGGAGGAGACGGACCACAGCAAGGACCUGAGGCUGGAGGUGGAGCGGCUGCAGAAGAGGAUGGCCCAGCUGGAGAAGCUGGAGGCAGCCUUCGCCAAGAGCAAGGCGGAGUGUUCUCAGCUCCUCGUCAACCUGGAGAGGGAGAAGGGCGUGAUGAAGGACCUGGCCGGGGAGCUGGAGGGGGUGAAGAACCGAGUGAAAGAUCUGCAGUCGUGUGAAGCAAAGUUUGAAAAGGCGGAGAUGCUCCUGAAGGACGACAUGAUGAAGCUGAAGUCGUUCACCGUGAUCCUGGUAGACGAGAGGAAGAACAUGGCUGAGAGGCUUCGGCAGGAGGAGGAGAGGAGUGAGGAACUGAACAAGAUGUACAAAGGGGAACAGGGCAAGGUGAUGAAGGUCACAGAGAAGUUAAUCGAGGAGAGCAAAAAACUCCUCAAGCUCAAGUCGGAGAUGGAAGUGAAAGUGACAACGCUGACGGAAGAGAAGGAGGAACUGAAGUGCAGGCUGGCCAGCGAGGACGAGAGAUGCAGGGAGCUCAGCUCCAAGGUGGAGAAGAUGAGGGUCAGGAUGGACGGACUGGAGGGAGGGGAACGAGAGUCGCAGAGGUGGCGCGCCACCAAGGAGAACGACCACCGUCAGGACGAGGACAACCGGGCGAAGGAGCUCACGCUGGAGGUGGAGCGACUGAAGAACCGCCUGAAGCAGCUGGAGGUGGUGGAGGGGGACCUGAUGAAGACGGAGGACGAGUACGAGCUCCUGGAGAAGAAGUUCAGGACGGAGCAGGACAAGGCCAACGUCCUGGCCCGGAUGCUGGAGGACGUGAGGAGCCAGAUCGCCAGGAACAAGGCCGUGGAGAAGGGGGAGGCGGAGAGCCCCGAGGCGGAGCUCCGCCUCCGCUGCCGGAGGGAGGAGGCCAGGAGCCGCGACCUCCAGACGGACGUCCGGGCCCUCAAGGAGAAGAUCCACGAGCUGAUGAACAAGGAGGACCAGCUGUCCCAGCUGCACGUCGACUUCUCCGUCCUGCAGCGGCGGCUGGCGGAGGAGGAGCAGCGGAGGCGGAGCCUGAGCGGCGAGGUGGUCGGCCUCGCCCGGGAGCUGGAGGCCACGCGGCGCUCCACCCGCGCCCUGAAGCCCGGGAUGAACGGGCGGAGGAUGGUAGACGUGCCCGUCACCUCCACCGGCGUGCAGACGGACGCCGUGGCGCGUUACACGGCGGCAGACGAGGAGGAGGAGGAGGAGGAGGAGACGCCCGCCGGCUUCAUCAGGAACUCGGUGCUGGAGGAGAACCACCUCAUGAGCAACCUCCGCCAGCAGGGGCUGAAGCAGCCCGCCGUGCCGGAGUGCUACCCCCCCGCGGCGGCGGCCGAGCCGGGGGCCGCCAGGAGGUCCUGGAUCCCCUGGAUGAAGAAGAAGGAGGCGGGCGGGCUGCCGGACAAGGCCCCACCCCGGGUCGACGGGGGGCCGCUGUUCCACGGGGCGGAGCUCACCAUGUCCCAGAAGGCGGGCCAGCCGCUGCACAUCCGCGUGACGCCGGACCCCCGGAACAGCACGGCCACCCUGGAGAUCAGCGGCCCGCGGGCCGAGGACUUCUACUCCACCACCACCGUCAUCCCCACGCCGGGCCUGCAGAGACCCCGCAUCACCAUCGUGCCGCGGCCCCCCUCCGGCCCCCCGGGUCCCAGGGCCGCCGGGGACCUGAGCUGCAAGUCUCCGGUCACCAUAACGACCGUCUCCAGGGCCUCGUCCCCGGACCGGAGCCCCGGCGCCCGCUCCCCGGUCUCCGUCCUCUCCGUCAGCAGGAAGUCCAACAUCACCACCACCGAGGACAACCGGAUCCACAUCCACCUGGGCCCCGCCGGGCCGCGCCCGGGGGAGGGGCCCGGGGGGGCGGGGCUGAGCGUCCGGACGCUGGGCGUGGCCGAGGGGAGGGAGACCUCCACGGGGACGGUCCUCCGGUCCCCUCGCCAGGCCGGCGCCACGGCGACGGGGAAGAUGACGAGCAGCAUCACCAUCACGCCCAUCACCUUGGCAACCUGCCGGCCCACGCAGCCGCCGGCUGGCGCCGCGUCCCGGAUCCCGAUGUCCAGGGGCCUGAAGACCUCCGCCAAGGCGGGCGCGGCCGUCGCCACGGUAACCAGGAUGGAGUCGCGCUCCGAGGGUCAGCUGAUGAAGAUCGAGCUGAGGAGGUCGGCCGGGUGUGGCCCCGCCUCCUCGUCGGGCGGGAAGAGCUGAGCGUCUCCGUGGCGACGGCGUCUAAUCACGCGGACGACAAGAUGGCCGCCGGACCCCUCGGGCUAGUGGGCGGGGCUUAGAGCCAACCGCAUUUAGAGGAAUAAAAACCAGGUUAUUUUAUGGAUAUUAUUGUUGAAUGAUGAUUUUUAUCAAUGUUAUUUUAUUUAGCACGCGAAGCUGUCGACUCAUUUGCAUGGUUUAAGAGGACUCAAAGCACUGGUUAUUCUGAACUACACGUGCCUUGACUGUAAUGCCUUCUCGUUGGGGACGGCCAGCUAGAGUAUAUUUUAAUAUAACUCACAUUUAUACCGUGUGUUUAUUUAUCUGCUGCUUCCGGAGGAUUCUAAUCACUGAAUGAUCGUGUAUGGAGAGUGUGAUGUACACUCUCUCAUGUUUCUGUCCAUAAUAAACAAUAUUUAUCUCUACAGUAACACUUUCUAGGCAUUACUUGGAUUUCUUCGUUUUUAGAACACCUCAAUAAAAGAUCAAAUAUAGCAUUCUGUAAGAUUAACAAUUUCAAAUUUUUUAACACACACACACACACACACACACACACACACACACACACACACACACACACACACACACACACACACACACACACACACACACA